GGUGACGAUGGAGACAGGAUAGGCAUCGUCGACGACUGUCACUUACACCACCAUUCGACUCGAGCAGAGGUCACGCUCGACUGUGUUGUCUGUUCACCGCGGUACUUUCUUUGCCGCCAAGUUCCUCUUGUAACGUAGCAACACGGUUCAACACGAGUCUGUCGCCUCUUCCCGGGUCUCUCUGGCCACUACGAAAACGUUGAAAUCUCGUCAUCUAACCUCUACACCAAUGACAGCAUUAUAGUCAUGCCUGGACCAGUGAAAGACUGGUCAGACUUCGAGUAUUUCGUCAGGGAUUAUAUACCCCGUCAGACGAUCCCGAUACUGAAGAGAUUCUCCGAGAUAUUGGAGAGCUAUACUGGCUCCGAUCUGGGUAUAAGGAGCACAGAUAAGAAGGCUCAAAUAGUCACCAAGGUCGAGUAUGGUUUUCGCGAUCUGAAGGGAAGCAAUCGAUUCGAUACUUAUCGAAACGUUCGAGCGAACUGCGAGUCCAUCGGUUUACCCGCAAGGGUGAGCUUUACGCCAUCCUCCGUCCCGACAUUCGGCGGCGUCCCGCAGCCAACUCUAUCAAGCAGCAGCUCCUUCACGGGCCACAGUGCAGCUGGACUGCCUUCAGCACCACCCUUCCGUCCAGCAGGAACUUAUGCACCUCCUCCUGGCCCUCGACCUGCUAAUGGAUCAGGAUGGGCUCCCGCAUCGAGCGUGACGAAUGCUUAUCAACAGCAUGGCACGGGUCCUCAGCAUGCCCUCAUGGACUGGAAGAAGAAUCCUAUGUGGAAGCCUGUGAAGGCUGUCUCGGGCAUGGAGCUGCUACCCGACAUCGACGCGAAUCAGAAGAAUCACUUCCGAAAAGACAGGCGUGUAGCCUUGCACCUGCCGCCAGAUGUUGUGGACAAGCUCAAGUCCUCAAAAGAUUCCAAAUCACCGCCGCACUACUCCCUUCGCCUCUUCUGCACCUCCUCCGAUCACUACCGACCUCCUUCAGCACCGUAUAGCGCUUCCACAGCACACAUUCGCAACGUGUCAAUACCCAUUGAAUAUCCAUCCAACCCAGAUAUAUCGGUGGAUUAUCAAAAUCUUCCGUUCAAACAACGAGGUCUGCGUGGCAAACCCGGUAGUGCUCCCCCGUUCGAUCUUGGCUCGGCUCCGAGUGGACUGUCAUUGAAUUCGAACAGGAUGACGACGAUAGUCUUUGGGCACACAGGCCCAACGAGCAAGAAGUCAGACUGGAAGCGGUUCUGGUUUCAGAUCGUUCUGGCUGAGGUCCAUACGAAAGAUGAGCUCCUCAGUCAAUUAGUCAGCUUAAACCCGACGAGUGCCGAAGCCUCCAUAGCAGAGGCUAAGAAACGCUUGGAGGAUGACGAGAUCGAGCUGGGAGUUUCAAAGAUGACUUUGAAGGAUCCGCUCUCAUACAUGCGCAUUACACGCCCGAUAAGAUCUUCCAAAUGCUCCCAUAUUCAAUGUUUCGACGCUACGUGGUGGAUCGAGAGCAAUUUCACUCAUCCUAUGUGGCAAUGUCCGUUGUGUAACAAGGAGCUCCAGUUCGAGGAUCUCAUCGUGGAUGGCUACUUUUUCAACAUUCUCAAUUCUGUUCCAGAGUCCGUCGAAGACGUCGUCGUCGAGCCGAAUUUCGAAUGGCACACCGAGGACAACAAAUUUGGGUCGAUCAAUUGGUUGACGACCAAGGCAGCCGUCAACGAUGUCGCAGCUACAACACAAGCUGACGUACAAGCCGACACUCGCAUGUCCGAAGACACCAAACCAAAUCUACCCUCCCCUGAGAAAUCGCCUGAACCUGACCGGAAAGGCAAGCGGAAAGCUAUCGAAAUACUCUCUUCCGAUGAUGACGAAGACGACGUGCCAUUACGCCGCACAACGUUCGCAAAUGGCAACUCUUUAUACUCCACCUCCAUCUCUCCUCCUCUUUCUCCCCUAUAUGACGUAUCGCGUCAGAGCUCGACACUUGCCGUUCCACCUUACCCCAUUCCUCCUCCCGCAGCCGCUCAGCGCCCUAUCAUCCCCUCUCGACCGUUAGCACCGUCACGCACGCCCUCAGCGGCAGCUCGAGCGGAUAAGUCCGUCAUUGAUUUGACGGCUGACUCGUCUGACGAGGAGGGCGACCCGUCGCCUCCGUUCCUCGCUGCUCCACCCAUGCAGAAAAACACCACCGCCUCCUCCUCUUCCUCUUCGACUCAUACGAUAUCGCAUUUUCACCUGCCGGGCGCCGGAAUAACCCACCACGCCGCUUCCGCAUCGAAUCGCCUGUCUCCUCUGCUGAGCACUCACCCUUCGACUCACCUGACGACUACUAGGCCAAUCUCUCCAGCAUUCACAGAUGCUCCGAGUUUGGUACAUCGUCCCAGUUUUGCCGGAAGUGAGAAUUCAAGAGGUGGAGACGGGACCGGUGUCCGGCAGAUCCAGAAUGAGACUGGGAUCGGGUCAAGAGCGGUAGUGAGAGGUCAUAGUGCAAGUCAUACGAGCGCAGCGGGCUUGGAACGAAGAGGUAGAUUCGAUACGCCGCCUUUGGGAUCGGGGUCGGGAUCUUCGAAUGGGUUUGGCAAUUAUACUGGGCAUGCUAGCUUUCCAACACGUCAACCUUUAGCCAACCCACCUUACUCGACUCCGCAUACAACGAGCGCACUGCCAAACGUGUCUCGACCGCUAUCCGUUCAACCGAUCGCCUCGCCACUCUCUAGAUCAGCUUCUGUGGCUCUCCCUGUCCGAGCAGAGGAUCCUAGAAGACGGCCCGCUGCGACUUUGUCGCCAAAUAUCUCAAGCGCUUCUGUCGCGGCUGGACCCACGUUCGAGAGGCGAGCGAGUGAGACUGCCGAUCGAGACAUACGCUCUUCCUCAAUCGUCACGUCCGGUCCUUCCGCCCCUGCGCCUGCCCCUGCCCCUGCCCCUAUAUCUGCCCCUGCCCCUAUCCCUGCCUCGGCACCUUCCACCAGCCCCAUCUCGAGGACAUUGUCUGUCCAACCGCGCGAAUCUAGACAUCUUGCAGAUUAUCAGAUGGGCGGCAAUCCUUGGGGAACGGCGUUGACAGGUGGCGGACACUGGAGUCCUGGUCAAUCCCCGUCCGAGGCAUUGGAAACACCUCCCACUUGGGCCAAUGCGACUCGACAAGACUCUUAUCGACCAAGUUCUGCUCCACGUCCUCCUUCCAGCUCGAGCUCUGCCGAUAUCGGUCGAUACGAGGAGCAUGUUCAUGAAGCACCUAGAUCUCGAUAUGAUUCUGUAGAUGCGUAUACAAUGUUCAAGAAACGACCCAGUGCAAGCGAUUGGAUGGAGGACGAGUACUACAGGUAGUUGGCGGCGCGGCGCGUCACCCCCAAUGACUUCGUGUGGCAAGGACAAGGGAAAACAAUUCAACGUCUUGCGAUGAUCAUAUCGUCGAGUGGUUGUUUCCCCCUUGGUCCCGAACGAGCAUCCUUUGAUGU